GGACCGCCCCAUCAGUUGGUUUCAAACUGGAGUAUUUGAGCUAUCUGUUGCUGCUCGUAGUAGCGAUUUUAGUGACCGUUUCGUUUGAACAGAUUAUGCAAAUGCAUUUUAUAUGUGUGGACUCAUCGUGAGUCGCUUGAUCGAUAGCAAAUAACGCAAUUUGAAUAUUCCGCAGAAUUAGCUUUUUCAGUUGUUAGCCUUAACGGUGCAAAACAACGCUUUAGCUUAACUUAAAAAAAAAAAAAAAAUCCUGUGUAUUUUGGUCUUAAUAUAUAUUUAUUUUGUUGCUUAUGGGGUCAUAGAGUCUUAAAACGUGUUAAAGACCUCACGGUUACUAUCAAGCGUCGCACGCGGGUGGUAUUUUUUUCUUUUGUAAAAAAUGUGACACUGGUGUUGUAGGAAAACAGGAUGGACAGAGACUUGUUGAGGCAGUGUCUGGUCCAUCACGGAGAGUCACUGUUUAGCAGACUAAAGUGUGAGCAAACUGAAAAUCCAGAUUUCCAGGCGGUGGUGACGGACCUGUGCAAAGCCACGUAUGAUGGGAGAGGUGAAGAGCAGGCCAAUCCUUUGGUAGAGCAGUUUAUUGCCAGGAAGGCUGACAUUCUCUUCUGCCCAGCAUGGAAGACAGCCAAUCCACCUCAGCAGCAUGAUGAGGAGGAAGAAGAUGGAGAGCCAUAUGCCAUCAUGCCACCACUGGAGUUAUUCAUGGAGGUACCAUACGAGGAGAGAAGAUCUAUGAUUUACAGGGACUUGGAGAAGGGAGACGUCGUAGUGGGUCGGAUCAACAACAUUCGAGAAUAUGGCUUCUUUCUCACCCUGCUUUGCAUGGCAGGAGGUCUGAAGAGAGACAUCGAGGACUUAGAACUGUCUGCUCUCUGUCACGUCAGGGAAAUUCCCUCCACCAGCAGCCAUGAUGAUCCUCUCUCCUACUAUCAAAUCGGGGACUUGAUUAAAGCUGGAGUGAAAGACAUUGAUCGGUUCCAGGAAAAGAUCACAGUGUCCCUCCAUCAGGCCUCCCUUUCUCCCAGCUUGGCACACAUCAAACUGGGUGUGUUAACCAGAGAAGAUCUGCCUAUACACUACAGUCGGAGUGUUCGCGCUGCAGCUGACUCCAGCGAGACGUAUGACCGAAUACUCAUUAGGUGCCACGGCUACGAAAACCCUUCUGUGGUGGAAUAUCUGCUGCAGAAGGUGGGGAUCAGUGACACCAACCCCCCAUCGAUGAUGCGAGGAUUGCAGUGUAAGCUUUUCGAAGAGGACGAUUUUGCUUCUGCAAUCAGGAAAAAGCAGUCUGCGUCCUGGGCCUUGAAAUGUGUUCGGGCUGGUGUGGACCACUUCAAACAUGGCCGCCAUGUGGAGGCCAUGAAUGAAUACAACAAAGCUCUGGAAAUCGACACCAACAAUGUGGAGGCGCUGGUGGCGCGAGGAGCUUUGUAUGCUAACAAAGGCAGCAUCAUGAAGGCUAUUUCAGACUUUGAGUUGGCUCUGGAAAACUGUCCGGACCACCGGAAUGCAAAGAAAUACCUUUGCCAGACUCUAGUGGAGCGAGGAAAACAGCUUGAAGAGCAAGAGAAACUAGUCACAGCAGAAGGAUUGUACAGGAGAGCUUUGUCUCUUGAUGACUCAAAUCCUGAGGCGAAAGAAGCCCUGCAUAACAUCAAUGACACCAUACAGAAAUCGAUUCGCUUGCGAGAAGAAGCUCUUGCUAAGGAACAGGUCAAAGCUACAAGCAGUCAGACCAGCGCCGAUAAAUUACGUAAGAUCUUAAAAGAGGAAAAAAGGGCAAAGAAGAAACGUAAGCGAUCAGCUUCUUCCUCUUCAUCCUCUUCUUCCUCCAGUAGUUCUUCUUCUACUUCCUCAUCCUCGUCCUCCUCCCGCAGGAGGUCAAAGAAGAAAAAGAAAAAGCGGAGGAAGUCUGGGCGAGGAAGCAAACACAAUCGCAGGAAGAGUGAGGAGGGUAAGAGUGGGAAAGGCAGGACAGAGAAAGAGGAGGAGGAGUUGGAGUGGUAUCCUGCACCUCCUAACACCUCCGCCACUUUUCUCAACCAAAAAGAUGGCCUUGUGUUUGGAGGAGGAGAUGAGGAUGGGAGGGAAGGAGGCGACGGAAAGAUUAGUGAGCUGUAUUCUUUGGUAGCCGUUUCAGAUGGGGAAGAGUCCAACUCCAGUCGCAAAGAAAGAAAUAGAAGGGACAGAGCAGAUAGUGGGUCAAGUAAGAGUAAAACCAGUAGAAGCCCUCAACAAAAUAAGAGUGAUAGGAGAACAGAAAGUAGGGAUAGAAGCAGAGACAGAUGGAAGGAGGAUAACAGAGGAGGCAGGAGAGACAGUGACUCCAAAAGGAGAAGCAGCGUAGAGGAGAACCAUACUAGAAGGUUAUCCAGCUCCUCAACUGAGGUGGAAUAUUCCCGCAAAUCUGGUUUUCAAUUCGAAUUCUCUGGAAGGAACAGAAUGAGACACGACUCUUCCACUAGGAGCUCCUUGGACGGUGGUAGGUAUGAGAAUAAGGAAGAGACAGAAAGGGAGAAGGGCAAUGGGAGGGGCAGCGCAGAGGAGGAGAAAAUGUCAGAACCUAAACAGAGUAAACAAACAGAGAGAGCUGGAGAUCAGAACAGCCGGGGAGAUGAGGGGCCCAAGAAAAACCUGCCAUCUAACCUGUUGGACAUUUUCAACCAGAUUGCUCAGUUUGAGAAAGAAAAAGGGGUCAAGCCAAAAAAAUAACGCCAAAUUAAAAGUCCACCACACCCCAAUGAGAGAUGAAAGGAUAUUUGUUCAGUUUAAUCUUUCUGAAAGUCUAAGUGUUGCUUUCUAAAUGUUAUGUUAUUUCUAAAAUGAUUUACUCUGAAAGGUCUUACCUGUUCUGAUGAAAAUUCAGGUAUUCUGUCUGCCUUUGUUCAUCAAAACGUCAGUAUUGAACUGUGACAUAUUGACGUCUUCCGUUGUCAUCCAUUUGAUUUCCAAAUUUAUUGGACAACCAAUGAACAU